UUGAAAUUACAGUCUAAAAGAAAGCCGAAAACGUGGGAGAUUUGAUAGAUGAGAUUCCCGUGUCAGCUGCAGCAGCUCCGAGCGCCGCAUUGACAUGUGGCUAUCCGCCAGCUAAUACGCUCCAGUUCGACAUACUAUUGGGAUUCUCCUGUGUUAUCCCCGCAUACUCCCCGGCUUUUCUGAAUAGUUUCGGUCUAAUUAUUAUCGGCCUAAUGUCUAGGUCUAGCCAUUCUUGCUUGAGAUUGCGGGGGAACUAUGGCUUGUGGAGAUAUUCUUAAUUUGAUCCUAUGACGGAUCCAAAAAAGCCAAAGUAACUCCAUGAUUUCUUCUGGGCCGAUGAUUCGUAUUUCUUGCCUCGGGGAUUCUCUAAGUAUGGUGUGGGGAUUGUUAGAAAGACAGGUCAGAACAUGUAUAAAAGUGACAUCUGCUGAGCAGAUCUCUCAAUGUCACUCAUCCAUAUCAAAGAUUCAUCAAAGAUCACAGUCUUCUUUCAUUCCCGUCUUUCAGAACUUCGUUUCUCAGCACAUCAUAUUCUUUCCCACAAUGUAUUUCUCAGGAGCAGCUAUUUUUGCUGCCUUCAGCUUCGCAACUCAGGUUUUCGCUGCACCAUCCACGACUUCAACACUGGCGAAGCGCAGUGACUUUGUCACAACACUCCAAACUACGAUGAAUAGCAUGUCUUCCAGCAUCAAUAGCUCUGCAAACGCUUUGAACGCCAGCGCCGCAUCAAAUGGCGGCAAGCCCACUCUGAUGACCUCUUUCACUGUCCUCGGAGACAUUGGGGGAACUCUCACAAACGGCUUGGGCAGCAUUACCCAAUUGAUCGAAGAUCCGAUAAUCGAUUUCAGCAUCGAGGAGAUUCAGGUUCUGGUUGAGGUCCUAGACGUGUGGGCGGAAAUCCUAGAAGUUGUGGAAGGCAUUGUGGACGCUGUUGUGAAUGCAUUCUUUCCCGGUCUGGUGGAUGAGUUUAAGCCUUUCAUCCAGAUAUGGAUCAACGUAGUUGAUGCUUUCACAAACCCUUUCCUGGAUUUCUACUCCGAACUUGUCGGCACAUUGACCGGAUCUCCCGAGCUCGCUGCAGAGAUCAACGACUACAUCGCAGUAAUCGAGAAGAUUCGUGAUGACUUCCUCCUUUCUUUUUAA